CGCUUUUCUUGCGUAUCACAGAAAACAUGGACGCGUGUUAAUUUUUCUUUUCUCUCUCUAAAUACUAACUAUUUUUAAAUAUAUUUUUUUAUCUCUAGUGUGUGAGAGUUUAAAGCGGUCAGUAGACAUGCCAAAGUCGGAUGGCUCGAACUCUGACGGCGGCGCGGCGCCCCGGAGUCCUCGUGCCCGGAGACCCAGGACUCGCUCCCGCAGCCGCCACCGCAGCGGCAGCCGCGAGCGGAGCCUGUCUCCGUACAGCUUCGGGCCCAAACUCCCGAAGCCGCGCAACAGGGAGAAGGAACACGAGGAACGGGACCGCCGGUUCCGCGAGGCGAGGAACAUCAGACGGAUCCGGAUAGGGUCUCGGUCCCGGUCCAGGUCCAGGGAGCGACACAACAGCACCACCACCAACAACAACAACAACAGCGGUGGCUACAACCACUGGUCCGAGCAGCGGGACGCUUCUGGAAAACACGGAAGCUUCAAAGAUGAAUAUUACUACGAGCAGCAAAGAGACGACGCUCAGAGACAGAGACAAGAUGCUUUUAUUGCCAGGCGUCUGCAAGAGAGAGAGAGGAUCGGUGAGGUAGGUUGUCCUGAAGUUUGGGGAUAUUCACCGAGAGUUAAAGAGCCGGACUCUGAUGAAUUCACACCAGUCGAAGAAGACGAGAAAAACAGCAGUUCAGAAUCCAGCUCAGAAGAAGAAAAGAAAAAGAAGAAGAAGAAGAAGAAAUCCAAGAAAAAAAAGAACAAAAAGCAUUCCGAGGACAGCGAGCUGGAAUCAGAUUCAAAUGAAGAAGAAAUAAAGAAAAAGAAGAAGAAAAAGAAGAGCAAGAAGUCAAAGAAGUCCAAGAAGAAGAAGGCAAAGAAGAGUCGGAAGGAGUCCAGCAACUCGAGCAGUGAAGAGUCAGGGGAGGAAGGAGAGGAAGGAGAGGAAGAGGAGGGGGAUCCCAACGGAGUGAUGUGGGUGGAGAAGACCUGCAUGGACGAAAACGUGGUCGGCCCCGAAGCGCCGCUCACACACGACAUGUCGCAGGACGACAGACCUUUGGAUUUUGGUCACGCGCUGUUGCCGGGUGAGGGUGCUGCGAUGGCGGAGUACGUGAAAGCGGGAAAACGUAUCCCGAGAAGAGGUGAGAUCGGUCUCACCAGCGACGAGAUCGCAAACUUCGAGAAGUCCGGCUACGUGAUGAGCGGCAGCAGACAUCGUCGUAUGGAGGCUGUGCGUCUGAGAAAGGAGAACCAGAUCUACAGUGCAGACGAGAAGAGAGCUCUGGCUUCCUUCAACCAGGAGGAGAGGAGGAAGAGAGAGAGCAAGAUCCUGUCCAGCUUCAGGGAGAUGGUGUACAGGAAAACCAAGGGCAAGGAGGAGAAGUGAACAUCUCAUUUGUAGAGACAGGAGGGGUAUUAAUGUUUCAUUCUAACCACAUUCAGUUUGAGUUGAAUGUACAGUGUGGUGGGAGGAUUUUACUUUUAAAGAAAUGAGUGCGAGACUCUGUUCUGUUGUUUUAUAUUUACUCACUGGAGAGUCUUUCCUUUCAAUUGUUCAACCUUAACUUGUAAAUGUUUCUCCUGAUCAGAACGGUAAAUACAUUUUCAUUAUCAA